AUGAUCUAUAAGGUUUUCCUUCCGUCUCCGCUCUUUCUGAUCAGCUUAAUAAAACGGAUCUGUCCAGACAACAAAGAGGGGACUAGAGCUGAAAAAACACCCCCCAAACGCGCACCCCCGGAGCGCAUCCCCCCCGCACGGGCCUGCUACCGACCCCUCUCCCGGGGCUGCCUCGGGCACGGGAGCUCGCCCCGCUCCCCGGCCCCGCUGUCCGCCUUCCGAACCUCCUUCUCCGAGCAGCCGCCGGUGCUGCGGAACCGGGGGCGAGCCCGGUGCUGCGGGGCAGGGACCGAGACCGAGCCCGGGACCGGAGCGCGGGGGCCGAGACCGAGCCCGGUGCUGCGGGACCGGGACCGAGACCGAACCCGGUGCUGCGGGACCGGGACCGAAACAGAACCCGGGACCGAGACCGAGCCCGAACCCGGGGCGCGGGGCCGGGACCGAGACCGAGCCCGGGGGUCGACACCGAGUCCGGUGCUGCGGAACCGGAACCGAGACCGAAUCCGGGGCCGGGACCCAGCCCGGGACCGAGCCCGGGGCGGCUCCCGAGCAGCGCAGCCGCUCCCCGGGGCUCUCCCCGCUCCUCUCCAUCGCUGCCCCCCGCCCGCCCGCCCCUCGCUCCGGCUCGCCCCGCUCGCCCAGCCCGGCGAUCGGGCAGCCCCGGUGCGGGCGAGCCCCGCUGCCGCGGCCGGCAUUGUCUGGCAGCCGCCUCCCGCCGCCCCCGAGCUGAGCUCACCGGAGGGUCCGCAGGGCGGGGCCGUGCCGUGCCGUGCCGGGGCCGUGCCGCCCGUGUCCCGCCGCAGAGGCCGCGGCCGUGCAGCGGAGCCGCUUCCUGCGCUGCCCGCGCCGGCUCCGAGCCCUUUUAUCGCGGGGCCGCGGCAGCGAUUGGCUCCCGGCGCCGAGCCGGCUCCCAGCCGCUCGCUCCUUUGUGUGGAGCCAACCUCUAACCCCAAACCUUCCCCGCUCCCUCUCUGCCUGGUCGCCCGCAGCCUCCCCGACCCCGCAGCGCCGGCCCCGGAGCGACCCUUCUGCUUUCUGGCACAGGGUGCAAUUAACCCCCCCGGUAAUUAG